AUGGCUGUGAACUAUUUACAAAGUGUUCCGAAGUUGAAAGGACGCGAAAACUAUGACGAAUGGAGUUUCGCGGUCGAAAAUCUUUUGGUACUCGACAACCUGGUGAACUAUAUCAAGUCGAAGCCAGAUGCCAACUUCGAGACUAAAGCAUCAGAUGACGCAAAAGCCAAGGCGAAGCUUGUUUUAAUUAUUGACCCUGGAUUGUACGUGCACAUCAAAGAAACAAAAACAUCUUUGGAGUUAUGGAUUAAACUGAGGACAAUGUUCGAUGACUCAGGUUUUUCUCGUAAAAUAGCUUUAUUGAGACAUUUAAUCUCGUUACGACAAGAAAAUUGUGACUCCAUGACUUCAUACGUCACGCAAGUAGUCGAAACGGCUCAGAGAUUAAAAGGCACAGGAUUUACGAUCACUGAAGAAUGGGUCGGUUCAUUACUAUUGGCAGGUUUGCCUGAUAAAUACUCGCCUAUGAUCAUGGCUAUAGAGCAUUCAGGAAUGCAGAUUACCACCGAUGCAAUAAAAUCUAAAUUGAUUGAUAUGGAGGUUUCAAAAAAUGACAUGGAUUCCAGUAACGCUGCAUUUGUUGCACACAUUAAUAAUAAGAAACAGAAAUAUAAAAAUGGCGCGAACUCAAAAGUGACAGUGACAACCAAUGCGACACGCGACAAGAUUCUAACCUGCUACAAAUGUAAACAAACGGGUCAUUAUAGAAACCAGUGUCCAUUGUUGCAGAAAAACAAACAAUCAAAUGCUUUUAGUGUGGUAUUUUUAAAUGGAGAUUACAGUACAAAUGAAUGGUACGUAGAUAGUGGAGCAAGUGCACACAUGACGGCCAACAAAGCAUGGGUAAAAGAAGCAAAUUUUACGCCGUAUUUGUCUGAGAUAACCGUUGCGAACAAUAUGAAAGUGCCUGUUUUGUGUUCCGGUAACGUACAAAUUUCAACCGACUGUAACUACGACAUCAUGGUUAAAGAUGUGCUAUGCGUACCAAGAUUAACUACGAACUUGUUGUCAGUGAGUGAACUAAUAAGAAAAGGAAACAAUGUUGUUUUUGAAACAAACCAAUGCUACAUUCGUAACAAUAAGAAUGUGUUGGUAGCCACAGCAACAUUAACAAACGGAGUGUACAAGCUAAAUAUUAAAGUAGCUGAUUGUAUGCUGGCAGCACCUACUGCAGCAAGUGCAGAGCUUUGGCACAGGCGCUUAGCACAUAUUAACAGCAAUGAUUUAAAUAAAAUGAAAAAUGGCAUUGUGAAUGGAUUGUCUUACCCGGAUACUAGUGAUAUGACAAAGACUAAAUGCAUAACUUGUUGCGAAGGUAAACAAAUGAGGUUACCAUUUCAUCAUGUUGGACAAAUUAGCACAGAAACACUACACAUCAUACAUGCAGAUGUAUGUGGUCCCAUGGAAACAAAGUCCAUAGGUGGUGCUCAGUAUUUUGUCUUGUUCAUCGAUGAUCACAGUCGUAUGACUUUCAUAUAUUUUCACAAACAUAAGAAUGAAGUUUUCAAGAUAUUCAAGAAUUUUAAAGCAAUGGCUGAGAAUCAGCAGAAUAAAAAAAUUAAAAUAUUGCGUACAGACAAUGGUGGUGAAUUUUGUAGUAGUGAGAUGGAAAAGUACUUACUCAGUGAAGGAAUUAUUCACCAGAAAACAACUGGAUAUACACCAGAGCAAAAUGGUGUGUGUGAACGUGCUAACAGGACUAUUGUAGAGAAAGCACGAUGCUUACUUUUUGAUGCAAAAUUGGAAAAGAAAUUCUGGGCUGAAGCAGCCAAUACAGCCGUAUACCUGAAAAAUAGAUCUGUAACUUCAAGUUUAGAAAAUAAAACACCGUAUGAAGCGUGGUAUAAAACUAAACCAGAUUUAAGUCAUAUACGUCUGUUUGGCAGUCCUAUAAUGGUUCACAUACCUAAAGAACGGAGAUUAAAAUGGGAUAAGAAGGCAAAAAUGCAUGUUCUUGUGGGGUUCUCAGAAACAGUGAAGGGAUAUCGUGUAUAUGAUCCAUCAAAAAAUAUUGUGACUGUGAAAAGAGAUAUAAUAGCGAUGGAAGAUAAAACAGUAUCAUCUAAGAUCAAUGAUGAAGAUACAGCAGAAUGGAUUCAAGACAAUGUUGAAACUGAAGGGCAUGAGUCUCCAACAACAAAUGAAGAUUGCAGAGAUUCAGUGGGGGAGUCUCUAGUGAGUGAAUCUAGCAAUGUUUCAGAUUUGAAUACGUCUGUAUACACUGAUCCAACUAGUGAUGAAAAUGAUGAUGAUACAGUUACCACAUACACAGAUACAGAUAUCUCAAGCAGUGAGUUGCAAUCAAUUCCAGGAUUACCAAAUAAGAGACUCCGAAAACCUCCAGAACGUUUUGGGUAUGGAAACAUUUGUUUAUCUAAUUCUAUUCCAGAUGUCGAACAAAUAGAUUUCUCAGAAGCGCUGAAUGGACCUGAAGCUGACCAGUGGAGAGAGGCCAUGCAAGAGGAAUUGCAGUCAUUCAAGGAUAAUGAUGCAUGGGAAAUUGUCGAUAUACCAAGUACUGGAUCAAUUGUGCAACACAAAUGGGUGUUCAAUAAAAAACUAGAUAUAAACAAUAAAGUGCGGUACCGUGCGCGACUUGUAGCCAAGGGUUUUACGCAGCGGCGUGGUAUCGAUUAUGAAAACACUUUUUCUCCUGUUGUAAAACAUUCUACGCUGAGAAUGUUGUUUGCUUUGAGUGUACAGUGGAAUAUGGAAAUAACUCACCUGGAUGUAACAACAGCUUUUUUAAAUGGACAUUUAAGAGAGAAUAUUUACAUGUCUAUUCCAGAGGGUGUUCUAAAUAAGCAAAAUGGAAAGGUCUUGAAACUUAAAAGGGCCAUAUACGGGCUAAAACAGUCUUCUUUAAUUUGGCCCCAUGAAGCGGCUGUCAUGCGCAUAGCGGCACUGAUUGCACUCGUGCAGCUGUCGCUAGCAACAGCUGUUUCAGAUGUCAUCGACUCCCUCUCGGCUGCUGAGCUGAACCUCCAGCUCUCUGGAGACAAUGCCCUCUCUCCAUUCUUCGAAGCAAGCGCAGAAGAUAAUGGCGUCAACUUCAUCAGAGGAUCAAGAGCUGCAGAUUCUCCGUUGGCGCCAGAAAUUGAUGUGCAAUGCUCCGCCGGUUUCAUAGACGUAACAGUGGAAUUUCCUGAUGUGUUCGAUGGGAUCAUUUACAGUAAAGGUCAUUUAAAUGACCCUAAAUGCAAAUAUGUGACACUAGGUGGUAGCCAGUCUCGAUACUCAUUUAGAGUGCCCUUGAACGGAUGCGGUUCACGCCCCCUCUGUAAUGCUUGCGGAACCAUUGAUAAUGUGCUGGUAUUCCAGGCUGAUGACUUCGUACAAGGACCGUUUGACUUUGCGAGGAAGGUGUCAUGUGCGUCAACAUCUCUAGAAACACAUACGUUGAAGUUGAAGCCUUUCAUGGUUGACAUGCUGGAUGUGGUCGCGGUGCAGGGUCCCGCGGGAGGCGUCGAGUGCUGGAUGGAUAUACAGAAGGGAGUGUUCCCUAACACGACUCCUCUGAAAGAAUCAAUAAAGAUUGGAGAGUACCUGACAAUACUCGUGUACUUGAAAGACGUGAGGAACCAGUUUAAUUUGAAGAUCCAUGACUGCUGGGCGUAUGAUAACGACAACUAUGACGGACCUGGUACCAAUAAAAUACAGCUCACAGACAAAGAAGGCUGUCCUAAAAAAAGAAAACUCAUUGAUCUGUGGCAGAAGUCGACCAAUACGGGGAAGAGUGGCGCCACAUUGAUAGCCUACAGCAAAGUCAGCGCCUUCCGAUUCCCAGAUACUGAUCAAGUUUAUUUGACGUGUAACGUUGAGUUAUGCACAAGCGAUUGCGAGGCGAACUGUCAAGGGAUCACCACGGAAAUAACGACCACAUUAAGACCCCAACAGCGUUGUUACCCCGGGUCACCGGACCCCACGUGCUACGAAGUGCCCACCGUUUGCCCCCCAGGGUCCACUGACCCUAAAUGUCGCCAAGUCACAGUAUCUCCAAGACCAAACUGUUAUCCUGGUAGCACGGACACGCGAUGUCCGAAAUCGCCACCUUCUCCACAACCCACAUGCUACCCUGAAUCAACUGAUCCAAGGUGCAACAGGCCAACACCGAGUCCUCAACCAAAUUGCUACCCAGGAACUACUGAUCCAAGCUGCCCACAGUCCACAACAACUGGACAACUACAAUGCUACCCUGGAAACACUGACCCUAGAUGUCCACAGACAACUUCUGAACCAACCUGUUAUCCCGGCUCGAGAAAUCCAAAUUGCCCGCAGCCACCACGUCCUACAACUGAAAAUCCACCCACUUAUCUACCACCAUCUUCUUCUCAGCCGAGAUGUUAUCCUGGCAGUUCCGAUCCAAAAUGCCAACCUGCUACUUAUUUACCACCUUCCCCAACAGAACCUAAAUGUUAUCCAGGUUCUAAUGAUCCCAGGUGCCAACAACCCACAACCAUUCCUAAACCCAACUGCUACCCUGGAUCUACUGACCUUAGAUGUCCACAACCCACUACUCCAUCUCGACCUAAUUGUUACCCAGGCAGCACAGACCCAAGAUGCCCUCAACCCACGACAACACCUAAACCCAACUGUUACCCUGGAUCUACCGACCCCAGAUGUCCAAAACCAACAACCCCAUCCGGGCCUAACUGCUACCCAGGCAGCACUGACUCCAGAUGCCCGCAUCCCACGACUACUACUAAACCCACCUGCUACCCCGGAUCUACUGAUCCCAGAUGUCCACAACCAACGACUCCAUCUAGACCUAAUUGCUACCCCGGCAAUUCUGAUCCAAGAUGCCCUCAACCCACAACUACUCCUAAACCUAACUGCUAUCCUGGCAGCACUGAUCCUAGAUGUCCUCAACCCACAUCUCCAUCUAGACCAAACUGUUACCCUGGGAGCACGGACCCCAGAUGUCCAAAUCCAACGACUCCAUCAGGACCUAACUGCUACCCAGGCAGUACUGACCCAAGGUGCCCACAGCCCACUACCACUGCUAGACCCAAUUGUUACCCUGGGAGCUCAGAUCCCAGAUGUCCUAAACCUACCACUCAGAAACCAGUUUGCUAUCCUGGCUCUCCCGAUCCCAAAUGUCCACAACCACCGAGACCAACUACAUUGACACCCCCGACUUACUUGCCACCUUCAACGUCAGAACCCAAACCCACCCCUUCACCUAAGCCGAAUUGCUACCCGGGUAGUACCGACCCAAGAUGUCCCCAACCUACUACUACUCCUAGACCUAACUGCUACCCUGGUAGUAAUGAUCCAAGGUGCCCUCAACCAACUUCUCCAUCUAGGUGCCGACAACCCACUACUACUUCUAGGCCGAAUUGCUACCCAGGAUCUACAGACUCAAGAUGCCCAAAACCAACCCCCAGCCAGCCAACUACUCCUUCUAAACCAAAUUGCUAUCCUGGGUCGACUGAUCCAAGGUGUCCAAAACCAACUCCAAGUCCUCAACCAACUACUCCUAGGCCAACAACUACUCCAUCGAGACCAAACUGCUACCCUGGAUUGACUGAUCCAAGGUGUCCAAAACCAACUCCAAAUCCUCAACCAACUACUCCGUCGAGGCCAAACUGCUACCCCGGAUCGACUGAUUCAAGGUGUCCAAAACCAACACCGCCUCCUCAACCAAAAUGUUACCCAGGAAGCACCGAUCCCAGUUUAACACCACCUACCUACCUUCCACCGACGACUUUACCUAACUGCUUCCCAGGGUCUUCUGACCCUAGAUGUCCACAACCAAGUACCACUCCUAGACCAAAUUGCUAUCCAGGCAGUACUGAUCCACGGUGCCCACAACCAACAACUACUUCUAGACCGAACUGCUACCCAGGCAGUACUGAUCCAAGGUGCCCACAACCCACAACCACUGCUCGACCUAAAUGCUACCCAGGCAGUACUGAUCCAAGGUGUCCACAGCCCACAACCACUGCUCGGCCUAGCUGCUACCCAGGCAGUACUGAUCCAAGGUGUCCACAGCCCACAACCACUGCUCGGCCUAACUGCUACCCAGGCAGUACUGAUCCAAGGUGUCCGCAGCCCACAACCACUGCUCGGCCUAGCUGCUACCCAGGCAGUACUGAUCCAAGGUGUCCGCAGCCCACAACCACUGCUCGGCCUAACUGCUACCCAGGCAGUACUGAUCCAAGGUGUCCGCAGCCCACAACCACUGCUCGGCCUAGCUGCUACCCAGGCAGUACUGAUCCAAGGUGUCCACAGCCCACAACCCCUGCUCGGCCUAGCUGCUACCCAGGCAGUACUGAUCCAAGGUGCCCACAGCCCACAACCACUUCUGGACCAAAAUGUUACCCAGGAAGCACCGAUCCCAGAUGUCCAAAACCAACUACUCAGAAACCAGUUUGCUAUCCUGGCUCUCCCGAUCCUAAUUGUCCUCAGUCAACGAGGCCAUCUACUUUAACACCACCUACUUACCUUCCACCGUCGACUUCACCUAACUGCUUCCCAGGGUCUUCUGACCCUAGAUGUCCACAACCUAGUACCACUCCUAGACCGAACUGCUAUCCAGGCAGUACUGAUCCAAGAUGCCCACAACCAACAACCACUUCUAGACCGAACUGCUACCCAGGCAGUACUGAUCCAAGGUGUCCGCAGCCCACAACCACUGCUCGGCCUAACUGCUACCCAGGCAGUACUGAUCCAAGGUGCCCACAACCCACAACCACUGCUCGGCCUAACUGCUACCCAGGCAGUACUGAUCCAAGGUGCCCACAACCCACAACCACUGCUCGACCUAACUGCUACCCAGGUAGUACUGAUCCAAGGUGCCCACAACCCACAACCACUGCUCGGCCUAACUGCUACCCAGGCAGUACUGAUCCAAGGUGCCCAAAAUGUUACCCAGGGAGCCCCGAUCCUAGAUGUCCAAAUCCAACAACUCAGAAACCGGUUUGCUAUCCUGGAUCUCCUGAUCCCAAUUGCGCACAGUCACCAAAACCAACAACCUUAACACCACCUACUUAUCUUCCUCCUUCUACUGCAGGACCGAAAUGUUACCCUGGUUCUACAGAUCCUCGAUGUCCACAAACAGCUCCAAUAACUAAACCAAACUGCUACCCAGGGAGUACUGAUCCUAGGUGCCCAAAACCGACUUCAACUUCUCCUUCUAAACCAAAUUGCUAUCCGGGAUCGACUGACCCCAGAUGCCCACAACCCGCGACUACACCAAGGCCGAAUUGCUACCCUGGUAGUACUGACCCAAGAUGUCCAAAGCCGACUCCAAGUCAACCAACUACUUCUUCACGACCAAAUUGUUACCCAGGAAGUAAUGAUCGCAGAUGCCCGCAGCCUACUACCACCCCUAGACCGAAUUGCUAUCCCGGUAAUACUGACCCAAGGUGUACCCCACCAACAUAUCUCCCACCAUCCACAUCUGGACCCCGAUGCUAUCCUGGAUCAACAGAUACUAGAUGUCCUCAGACAACUACUCCAAGGCCCAACUGCUACCCUGGUAGUAAUGAUCCAAGGUGCCCUCAACCAACUACUCCAUCUAGGCCAAACUGUUACCCUGGGAGCACAGACUCCAGAUGUCCAAAACCAACUACUCCAUCAGGGCCUAACUGCUACCCAGGUAGUACCGACCCAAGGUGCCGACAACCCACUACUACUUCUAGGCCGAAUUGCUACCCAGGAUCUACAGACUCAAGAUGCCCAAAACCAACUCCCAGCCAGCCAACUACUCCUUCUAAACCAAAUUGCUAUCCUGGGUCGCCUGAUCCAAGGUGUCCAAAACCAACUCCAAGUCCUCAACCAACUACUCCUAGGCCAAAUUGUUACCCAGGCAGUACCGACCCAAGAUGUCCUAAUCCAACUCCAAGUCCUCAACCAACUACUCCAUCGAGACCAAACUGCUACCCUGGAUCGACUGAUCCAAGGUGUCCAAAACCAACUCCAAAUCCUCAACCAACUACUCCAUCAAGACCAAACUGCUACCCCGGAUCGACCGAUCCAAGGUGUCCAAAACCAACACCCCCUCCUCAACCAAAAUGUUACCCAGGAAGCACCGAUCCCAGAUGUCCAAAACCAACUACUCAGAAACCAGUUUGCUAUCCUGGCUCUCCUGAUCCUAAUUGUCCUCAGCCAACGAGGCCAUCUACUUUAACACCACCUACCUACCUUCCACCGACGACUUUACCUAACUGCUUCCCAGGGUCUUCUGACCCUAGAUGUCCACAACCAAGUACCACUCCUAGACCAAAUUGCUAUCCUGGCAGUACUGAUCCAAGGUGCCCACAGCCCACAACUACUUCUAGACCGAACUGCUACCCGGGCAGUACUGAUCCAAGGUGCCCACAACCCACAACCACUGCUCGGCCUAGCUGCUACCCAGGCAGUACUGAUCCAAGGUGUCCGCAGCCCACAACCACUGCUCGGCCUAACUGCUACCCAGGCAGUACUGAUCCAAGGUGUCCGCAGCCCACAACCACUGCUCGGCCUAACUGCUACCCAGGCAGUACUGAUCCAAGGUGCCCACAACCCACAACCACGGCCAGACCUAACUGCUAUCCUGGAAGCAAUGACCCCAGGUGUCCCAAGCCAACCACACCAUCCCAACCAAAUUGUUAUCCUGGCAACACAGAUCCCAGGUGCCCACAACCAACCACAACAGUAAGACCUAACUGCUAUCCUGGAAGCAAUGACCCCAGGUGUCCUAAACCAACGACACCAUCCCAACCAAAUUGUUAUCCAGGCAACACUGACUCCAGGUGCCCACAACCCACGACAACAGCCAGACCAAACUGUUAUCCUGGAAGCAAUGACCCUAGGUGCCCCAAACCAACAACGGUGAAACCUCCUAGGUGCCCCAAGCCUACUCCGACUCCUCAACCCAACUGCUACCCAGGCAGCACGGACCCUAGAUGUCCAAAACCCACUCCUACUCCUCAACCCAACUGCUACCCAGGCAGCACGGACCCUAGAUGUCCAAAACCCACUCCUACUCCUCUACCCAACUGCUACCCAGGCAGCACGGACCCUAGAUGUCCAAAACCCACUCCUACUCCUCAACCCAACUGCUACCCAGGCAGCACGGACCCUAGAUGUCCAAAACCCACUCCUACUCCUCAACCCAACUGCUACCCAGGCAGCACGGACCCUAGAUGUCCAAAACCCACUCCUACUCCUCAACCCAACUGCUACCCAGGCAGCACGGACCCUAGAUGUCCAAAACCCACUCCCACUCCUCAACCCAACUGCUACCCAGGCAGCACGGACCCUAGAUGUCCAAAACCCACUCCCACUCCUCAACCCAACUGCUACCCAGGCAGCACGGACCCUAGAUGUCCAAAACCCACUCCUACUCCUCAACCCAACUGCUACCCAGGCAGCACGGACCCUAGAUGUCCAAAACCCACUCCUACUCCUCAACCCAACUGCUACCCAGGCAGCACGGACCCUAGAUGUCCAAAACCCACUCCCACUCCUCAACCCAACUGCUACCCAGGCAGCACGGACCCUAGAUGUCCAAAACCCACUCCUACUCCUCAACCCAACUGCUACCCAGGCAGCACGGACCGUAGAUGUCCAAAACCCACUCCUACUCCUCAACCCAACUGCUACCCAGGCAGCACGGACCCUAGAUGUCCAAAACCCACUCCUACUCCUCAACCCAACUGCUACCCAGGCAGCACGGACCCUAGAUGUCCAAAACCCACUCCUACUCCUCAACCCAACUGCUACCCAGGCAGCACGGACCCUAGAUGUCCAAAACCCACUCCUACUCCUCAACCCAACUGCUACCCAGGCAGCACGGACCCUAGAUGUCCAAAACCCACUCCUACUCCUCAACCCAACUGCUACCCAGGUAAUACUGAUCCCAGAUGUCCAAAACCGACUCCCACGCCUCAACCCAACUGCUACCCAGGCAGCACGGACCCAAGGUGUCCCCAACCUUCUCCUUCGACCCCCAGUUCAUGUUACCCUGGUUCGAAAGACCCCAAAUGUCCCCAGCCCUUCAGACCAAGCAGUACCAAUCCACCAUCAACUUACUUGCCACCGUUCCCAUCGGACAAUGAAGUGAAAUCGCCUAGAGUUGGUAGGCUGGCGUCCAAUAAUAUAGACUAUGAAGAAUCACAAUCAGAGAUCGAAAACUUCGAAUUCUCAAGGACGAAGCCCAGGUCUCGAAAAGUAAGAGACGUGAGCAGUACCGGCGAAGUCGUUCUCCAAUCAGCCGGCGGUUCAGCCAUCGUCUACUUAUCUAUUGGUUCAGUUCUAUUCAUCUUAUGUCUAAUUGCUAGCGUAUACCUGUUAAACCGUAAGAAAAACAAAACAACCAAUAGUAACGCUCAAAGUCUUUGUUAAAUAAUGUACCAUAUAAUUAAGGAGAAUGUGAUAUUAUAAUUAUAUUUGCGUUUCUAGUAUAGUUGCAAAUAUUGCCAGCAAUAUACUAAAACUAUUCACUGCCUUAUAAGCUUUAUAUUACUCAGGCUUAAACUUGCCUAUUUUAUAUAUAUAAAAUAGUGCCAUAAUCGAUUUUGAUGCAUCUAUAAAAACUCAUAUAUAUGUAAUCCCUAGUCAAAUAUAUAUGCGUUUUACUACAAAAAUAAACAAUAUAAAUUGAUGUAUAAUAAAUAUUUUAUUAUAAUUUUGGAUAUGUUUGUGAUAUAUCUUGUAAAUAUAUUUGCCAGUAUAUGAUGUGGCCAUUCAAUGUAUAGAUUUACCUAUGUUUACCAUAACUCAAAUUGUACUUAUACUUGUGGAUAUAAAUUUUGUGUUGUACAUACAAAAUAUCCAUGAAAUAUUUUUAAGCAGC